AUGGCACCACCGCAUCUGGCUGCCACUGAAGAUGACAGGCUCAGACACUUGCAACUCUCACCGAGAGCACUAGGGCCAACACACGAUGAGCGAGCCGGUCUGCCAAACGGUUCAGAGUCACGCUCUGCAUUCCAAGUCCCUAAAGCAGAUUCUUUCUCGCCCGUCUCAUUUCCUAUCUCGCCCAGUGCUACCAAUAGUCUUGAAAAUGUGCAACAACAACCUUUUCCAUGUCGUUAUCCUUGCCUUGAGGCGAUCUUGCCGGAACUGAAAGGGUUCGUGUCUGCAAAUGAGGCGUGCGACUUGCUGGACAUCUUCUUCGCGGAGCCCGGAAACUCUCUCUCGAGCACUCACAGUCCCUACGUGCUCACUACCGUUCUGCGAAAAAAGUCGCUGCUCCAUAGAACGAGACCGCGCCCUACAUCCCCCGCAUUGCUGGCCACUAUGCUCUGGUGUGUUGCCCAGACUGCGGACAGUCGUGUCUAUUACGUGCCUGGGGCUCGGGAGCGUAUCACCGACCACCUAUAUUCUCUCGCUGUAUCACAUAUGCGCCGGAGGGAUAUGGAUAAUUGGCACCGGGUGUCAGGAGGCUGGCAGCUCGAGGAGGAUUGUAUGCUGAAUGUGGACGGCAAGGAAUCGAAGGGGCGGCGGACAUUUAGCACCGGCCCGCAACCGACGGUGGACGAUGUGUUAACCUUUACGCUGUUUACUGUUGUCAUAUCCGGAGGUGUAUUCAAGGCUGACAGUCUCAAAUGGUGGAACAAGGCCGUCGGUCUGGUUAAGUUCCUCGCAUUCAAUACUGAAUCUGGGUUGGCAAGGAAUAGCGACACCUCCGAUCAUUCCAGCGCCAUCGAAGACCAAGAAGAGCGACGAAGGGCCUUUUGGCUAGUAUACGCUCUAGACAGACAUCUGGCACUCUCAUACAACGGAUCUUUGCACAUUCUCGAUGCCGAAUGUCAAGUCCUCAACCCCCUGCCUGAGGACAUGUGGCAAAACCUCGAUACCAUCCCACUCGAUAUGCUCCCUCGUCGCACCUAUGGUCCCUCCACCACCAUAUCCGGACCCGGGUUGUUUGAAUACUUUCUCCCUCUCAUGGCCAUACUCGGAGAUAUAAUCGACCUCCGACUACGACACCACCAUCCUCGCCUCCCAGCUGACGAUUCGUCCUGUCUCAACGCCAUCAAACGAACUCUCUCUCACUGCGAAUCUAGCCUCGGGGACUUUGCCGAUGCCACUAUCCCAGGAUCUCUUACCAACACACGAGCACAGCUUAUAAUCGCCUACGCAACUUACAUCAUCAAAGUCCUCUACGUCCUACUCCACGGCGAAUGGGACGCCAUCUCCAUGCUCGAAGACACGGGAAACUGGAUCGCUUCUCCCAGUUUCUCCGAGUGCGCAUCAAGCUCCAUCGGCGCGGCUCAAUGCAUCUCCGAUAUUCUGAGCGUCGACCCAGAGCUUUCUUUCAUGCCGUAUCUGUUCGGAAUAUAUCUCUUCCACGGCAGUUUCGUGCUCUUGUUGUUCGCGGAGCGCAUGCCGCAAAUCGGCCCUAACGAGUCGGUCGAGCAGGCUUGCGAGGUGAUUAUUCGCGCGCACGAGGUCGCGAUCGUGACAUUGAGUACGGAUUUUCAGAAAACGUUUCGCAAAGCUUUCCGGUCCAUUCUGUACCGCGUUCGGAGACCGGAUUCCAUCGACCCCGAGUUCCAGGUCCUUCGGAAGGAGGUGCUUUCCAUGUAUCGAUGGACUAUGGGACAUAAGGGCCUCUGUCUAUGA